ACACACACAGCACACACACACAGCAGCAGACACACACACCUCUCCAUUCCUCAGUGACUGCUGGCCCCUCCUGUCUGCGGAUGUCCUUCCUCUCAUCCCUCGCUCGCUCUCAGAUCCUUUUGAUCACCUCUACUCAUCCCUUUGCUCUUUUUAAUGCUUGAUUUCCUCUCCCCGUCUUCUCUGGCACCUUGUCUAAUUCUGCCUGACUUUGCCUGCUUCUCAUCUUGCUCUCUGUCUGUCAUCGACCUGGCUCCCCCUCCAUUUUCCUACCAUCUCCCCCUCCUCUUUCCUUUUUUUUUAACCUUCAGUCUCUGCACAGACUUGUUCUCCAUAUCUGUCUCUCUCUCCCCAUUCUAUAUUUUAUUCCUUCACUCUGCACGAUCCUCUGUGUUUGGCUCCAUCCCUCCCUCUCUGACCUCUUCUCUCUAUCAUUCAUUAUUCUUCCCUUAUCUUUAACCCAUUCUCUCAUUCAACCUUUCCUUUUGUGGUUUCCCCCAUUGCGCUGAUUCAUCCUUUCAAUGUAUGCUUCUCCUUUUAUUUUGAUAUCUGCAUCGUUCUCUUUUUUUCUUUUUACUGUUGUCCCUUAUAUCUCGAACAGAAUUUCGUUUUGCUACUCUUUACCCAUCCCUCCCAUUCUAGCCUCCAUUGAUGGUGUUACAUGCCGUGUCAGAUGCUAUCUACUCACCCUCGCUCUCUCUCCACCUCUUACGAUAAAUAUCCUCCUUCCCUCCAUCUGUGAUCCCUCCUUCUGGUAUCUUCCACCUGUCCGAGGUCACAACCAUGUUCAGACGCACCAAGAGUUGCAGAAGCAGUAACAGGAAGAGUUUAAUACUCACAAGUAGCAGCUCUCCUACUCUUCCCCGGCCACACUCACCUCUUCCAGGCCAUAUAGGGGGAAGCCCUAUGGACAGUCCUCGAAAUUUCUCUCCAAGCGCUGCUGCCCACUUUUCAUUUGCUUCUUCGCGCAGGUACUGUGAAUACCAAUUUAGUAGAACAGACGGACGUCGCUGGUCUCUGGCCUCCCUCCCUUCAUCUGGCUAUGGAACAAAUACGCCAAGCUCCACUGUGUCAUCCUCAUCGUCUUCUCAGGAACGCCUUCACCAACUCCCUUUCCAGCCCACACUGGAUGAGCUUCAUUUUCUUUCCAAACAUUUUGGCAGUACGGAGAGCAUCCCCGAUGAUGAUGGAGGCCGUAGGUCACCGGCAGUCAGACCCCGGUCGAGAAGCUUAAGUCCUGGACGCUCACCUUCUUCUUACGAUAAUGAGAUAGUGAUGAUGAACCAUGUCUACAAAGAAAGAUUUCCCAAAGCCACUGCACAGAUGGAGGACCGGCUCCGCAUGUUCAUCUCAUCUUUUUCUCCUGAAAAUGUCCUCCCACUGGCCGAUGGAGUCCUAAACUUUAUCCACCAUCAGAUUGUGGAGCUUGCAAGGGACUGUCUGAGCCGGAGCAGCGAGGGAAUGAUCACAAGCACUUAUUUCUACCAGUUACAGGACAACUUAGAAAAACUACUACUAGAUGCAGUGGAACGUUCCGAUGGGUCAGAGGUGGCCUUCAUCGCUCAACUCAUGAAGAACCUGCUCAUUAUCAUUUCUCGUCCUGCCCGUCUUCUGGAAUGCCUGGAGUUUAACCCUGAGGAAUUUUACCACCUGCUCGAGGCGGCUGAAGACCAGGUGAAGGAGGGGAAUUUGAAGACAGACAUUCCUCAGUAUAUAAUCCGACAACUGGGGCUAACCAGAGACCCCUUCCCAGAGGUUUCAGCUACAGAGGAGCCAGUGAUUGUAGAGACAAGUAAUCAAGAGAAUGAAGAUACCACAGAGGGAAAAGGAGGGGUAGCAUCAAAACCCAUAAAACCCCCUGAGGAGUGUGACUUUGAAACUAUAAAGCUGAUUAGCAAUGGAGCAUAUGGAGCAGUGUAUCUGGUACGCCAUCGGGAGACACGCCAGCGCUUUGCCAUGAAGAAGAUAAAUAAGCAGAACUUGCUCUUGAGGAAUCAGGUCCACCAAGCCUUCAUAGAACGAGACAUUUUGACCUUUGCACAGAACCCAUUUGUGGUCAGCAUGUUCUGUUCCUUCCAGACACGUAGGCACCUUUGCAUGGUCAUGGAGUAUGUAGAAGGGGGUGACUGUGCCACCCUGCUGAAGCACAUUGGUGCCCUCCCCCUGGAGAUGGCACGGCUAUAUUUUGCUGAGACUGUCCUUGCUCUGGAAUAUCUGCAUAAUUAUGGCAUCGUUCACCGGGAUUUGAAACCGGACAAUCUCCUAAUAACUUCGAUGGGUCACGUCAAACUGACAGAUUUUGGCUUGUCUAAGAUGGGGCUCAUGAACCUCACCACCAAUCUGUACGAGGGACAUAUUGAAAGUGAGGCCAGAGAGUUUCUGGACAAGCAGGUCUGUGGCACUCCAGAAUAUAUUGCUCCUGAAGUUAUCCUGAGGCAAGGCUAUGGGAAACCGGUGGAUUGGUGGGCAAUGGGCAUCAUAUUAUAUGAGUUUCUUGUGGGCUGUGUCCCAUUUUUCGGAGAUACACCAGAGGAAUUGUUUGGUCAGGUGAUCAGUGAUGAUAUAAUCUGGCCGGAAGGUGAAGAGGCACUCCCAGCAGAUGCCCAACAUUUAAUCUCCAGUCUCCUGCAGACUGACCCUUUACUCAGACUGGGAACAGGAGGUGCCAUUGAGGUGAAGACCCAUGGAUUUUUCACUGAUCUGGACUGGAAUGGUUUACUUAGACAGAAAGCAGAAUUUAUUCCCCAUCUGGAGGCCGAAGACGACACCAGUUACUUUGACACUCGAACAGAUCGCUAUCAGCAUAUCAACUCUUAUGAUGAGGAUGAUACAAAUGAUGAAGACUCUGUGGAAAUCCGACAGUUUUCAUCCUGCACACAAAGAUUUAGCAAGGUUUAUAGUAGUAUGGAGCAACUAUCCCAACUGGAGCAGAAACCAUCCACUCCUUCCCGAGACCCUACCAAACAAGAAAGAAGUGAGAGAGGGACCAAGAGAGAGACGUUAGGUGGUGUCACCCUACGAGACCGCUGCUGGAGAACCGUUUCACCUGAAAUGAAACACUUCUCAGAUGCCACAGAUGCUGACUCCAGUCCUCCCUUGGCUGCCAGGCGUCGGUUCUCUGCUCUGGUUGACACUGCGCGUUUCGUGGCUCCUCUGGAGGGAGAAGGGGAAAGUAAAAUGAAAGGAAGCAGCGGGACCCAACAGACUCAAAGCAAGAUUCCACUAGGGGAACUUGAGCCUUCAGACAAGUCCUCAGACACUCACCACCCUCAGGAUUCAGACUCCUCCCCUCGCGCUACCAAUGAAAUUGUUCUACGAAGAGCUCGACACCAACAUCUUUCUGGGGACAGUGAACGGCGUAGAACAGGAGGAAAGGUCAUAAAAUCGGCAUCCACCACUGCCCUCUCUGUCAUGAUCCCUACAGUUGAGCAGCACAGCAGUUCCCCCCUGGUCAGUCCAAUGUCUCCUCGAUCUCUUUCCUCCAACCCUUCUUCACGGGACUCUUCCCCCAGCCGCGAUUAUACCCCAGCAGUUACCAGUCUCCGCUCACCCAUCUCCAUUCAGCGCUCUGGGAAAAAGUAUGGCUUUACUCUACGGGCCAUCCGAGUGUACAUGGGGGAGAGUGAUGUAUACAGUGUGCAGCACAUAGUGUGGCAUGUUGAAGAAGGAGGACCUGCUCAUGAGGCUGGCCUAUGCGCUGGUGACCUAAUUACACAUGUUAACGGGGAGCCUGUUCAUGGUUUGGUGCACACCGAGGUGGUGGAGCUUAUUUUGAAGAGCGGAAAUAAGGUCCUUGUCACCACAACCCCUUUUGAGAACACUUCAAUCAGAACUGGCCCAGCCAGGAGAAGCAGUUACCGAUCAAAGAUGGCCAGAAGGAGCAAGAGGAGUGUUGCAAGAGAGGGGCAAGAAACUAAAAAGCGAAGUUCACUCUUCCGUAAGAUCACCAAGCAGUCAAAUCUUCUACACACCAGUCGCUCCCUCUCUUCUCUCAGCCGAUCUCUCUCUUCCAGUGACAGUCUCCCUGGGUCUCCAACUCACAGUCUCUCUGCUCGAUCCCCAACCCAUAGUUAUCGCUCUAUGGACUCUGCUUACUUAGGUGCAUCAUCUCAGGGCAGUUCCCCUUCUUCUAGCACUCCUAACUCUCCUGCUCCCCCUCCCCCAUCAUCAUCCACUGCUUGUGCUCCCACAUCUUCUUCAUCCGCUUCUCCUGCCCCGCCAUCUCCUCAUAUCCGUCCCAGCACACUGCAUGGGCUAUCUCCCAAGCUGCAUCGCCAGUACCGGUCUGCACGCUGUAAAUCUGCUGGCAACAUGCCACUUUCUCCACUUGCUCACACUCCUUCCCCAACUACUGCAGCCUCUCCGCCUCUCAUUCCUGGCCACAGUGUGGGCAGUAGUCUUACAACCCAGAGCUUUCCACCAAAGCUGCAUCCUUCCCCGCCUGUCUCACGUCCAAGGCCUAAGAGUGCUGAGCCACCUCGUUCCCCUCUCCUUAAGAGGGUACAAUCCGCAGAAAAGUUGGGUGGUGGUGCAGGUGGUGUAACACCCAGGAAACAAGAACCAGGAGGAGGAGGAGGGGCAGCAGAUGGAGAAGGAACAGAAUCUAUUGGAAGCAGAACACAAGCAGUGAGGAGAGUAGGGAGGCAAGAAUCCCCUAGGAGUCUCUGUGGAGCAGAAAGUCUGCUACCAGAUAGCAUGGAGAAGCUAGAAGGAGAUGUAGGUGUCAUCGUAUUACAACAGGGAGAAGGGCACAAAGCUGUUGAGGGGAAAGUUCAGGGAGGAAGUAAAUUAGGGUCAACAGCACGGCCACCUCCUCCAUUCUCCCCCCAGGAAUCCCCUGUCUUAUCCACCGCAGCAAUUCCAACACAGGGUGAGCCAUCUCAUGCUCUGGUAGGGAGAUGCCAGGUGAAGACAUUAAGUCCUGUGCAGGAACAUGAGGGACGAAGAGGUGAAGGGGAGGAUGGUGGAGGUGACAUUGACACUAGGAAGGGAGAAAGAGGAGAAGAAGAAGAGGAAGAGGGAGGAGCAAUGAAGGAGCGAUGGUAUUUGGAAGUAGUUGAGGAACUAACUACUGUUGGUAAGAGUCCAUCUCAUCCUCCCACAAAGAGUGCUCCAUGUAGCCUUCCAACAGAAUCACACACAUGCCAAACAUCACCCCAAAUUACUAAAAGUAAGGAGGUUGAUGUUCACUCCAUGAAGGGGGCACUGUGUUCAUCUCUGGAUCCAAAGCAAGAGCUUUGUCAUCCUCCAAAGGGCAGGGUAUCAGAGGCUGAUCCUGCAAAGGUGGUUGUCCCUUCUACUAUCCAGACUACGUCCUGUGAACAUAUAGGGCUAAAGAUGGCGGAAGCUGAUCACACAAAGAUCAGCCCUAAGCCAUCUCAAGUUCUAGAAUCUCCACAUACUGUUAAGGAAAAGGAGUCAAAUGUGGAUAUUCUAAAGAAUCCUUUACUUUGUUGCCCCAAAGUGUCUGACACCUCUAAGUCUGUUCCCUCUCUUCCUGACCAAUUAAUUGAUUUGAAAACCGAUGGGAUAAAAGAAAGUACCAGUGGCCUAGGUUAUGUAAAAUGUGAAACCACUGUCUUACAACCUAUUCGAGUACAUUAUGUGAAUUUGGAACCAACUAGACUUCCUGCAUCUCCCCUUUCUAUUGGUGAUAAUGUAAGAGGAAGUGAUAUUUCCACUAUGGGUGCUCGUGUGCCAGGGCAUGUUUCAUCUACAGCAGAGUCCGUAUCUUCUUUAAAUGUUAAAGUAAAAAAAGUAGAUACUGACCAAACAAAGAUGGCAACCAAUAUUCAACCACUGAACAGGUACAGUGUCACAGAAACGGAUCAGGCUAAAAUAAACAUUACACUCCCAUCUACAAAAGUCUUAAGUGGACAGGGAAGUGACCAGACAACUAUGAACAUUAACACACCAAUAAUAAACAAAAUCGGGGAAACAGACAAAGGCAAGAUGGCUCCUGCCGCAUCAACUAUCAAUAGAGUAAGUGGAGUAGACACUGAGGAGGUAAAAGUAACCAGUGCUGUUCAUAUUAACCGAACCUGUCUACCAGAAAAUGAAAAGACAAAGAGGACCACUGUUGCCUCUGGUGUUAAUAGAGCAACUGACCAGACAACAAUCACUGCUGCCUCAUCAAAUAGUGCCAGUAAAGCUGUGGAGGUCCUUGAAAAAAUAUCUUCUGUUGCACCAACCCUUAGUAAAGAUGGUGUGACUGACGGCAACCAAAUGAAAGCUCCCUGUGUGCCCUCAGUUAGUAAAUGUGUCAGUGGAUUAGAAAGUGACAAGUCAAAGUUGACUACAACUUCUUUAACUUUUAAUCGGAUAAAUGAAACUGAAAAAAAACAGACAGGAUCCUCUUCUCCCGCUACUAUAGAGAAUGAUCAGCCUAAACUGUCUCCCGUAGCUAUUAGGGUAAGUGGAAUUCAGAGUGAUGCCCAGAGUGGCAUUCGUGGUCCUUUGAAAUCUCCAAGUUCUAAGACAGUGCCCGCCGUCGCCAGUCAGCACCCGUCAUAAGCAACCAGUCGUCCUUAUCUGUAGUAGGGUGGAGGCAUAUUCAUUAUAUUGAUAAUCUCAUAGCAUUAACUCUCCGACUCAGGAGGGAGGAAGGAGUAGGGGGUAGAUGUAGCAGUUGCCCCCUUCGAAAUCCUUAUAUUGAGCCUUAUUGCCCCCCAUGCAAACUCUGAUGGUAGUGGGGGCUGCACAGGCGUGUAUGUGUGUGUCUGUGUGUAUGUCUGUGUGUUUGUGUGUUUGUGCUGUGCCUUAAUUGUUAAUUAGUUGGAAAAGUUACUGCACACACACACUUAGCGCUAGUAACUAAAGAGUUAAGUGGAGUGACACUCCGCAGGUCUGGCCAAGGAGAUUUAAAAAAAAAAAUGGAGUGACGCUAUGCAGGAGUAAGGCAGGAGGACAUGUAGGCAAAGCAAUGUUCAGCAGGUCUCUGACACGUCCCUUGCAUGACAUCACCUAUGACAUCACGACCUUCCCUCCCCCUUCCCUGAGACCUCAGUCUGUGCUCUAAAAAAACUCCUACCAAUGGUGCACCUUCAAAGCCAACUGUGUCAUCUUCCAGCCUACGCUGCCAUCAGCUUGUGCCACGUCCGGUGAUGUCACGCCACGCCCGUCUUACCUACAUAUAGAGCAUACGUCUAUACAUAUGGAGUUAUAUUUAUCUGGACGCACUAUAUAUAUAGAUAUAUAUAUAAAUAUAUAAAUAUAUUGUCUAUGGGGCUCCACUAUUUCUAUGCAAGAGGAUUAAUGGUAAUAUUAACUCUGUCAGUGCCUGUGGGACCAUCUUGGUUUAUUGUGGAGACUGCAGAGGUUAAUUUGUGAAUUACUGUCUUUUUAUUUAAUUUUGUGUACUUUUAUUUAAUAAUGUCGUUUCCCCAUUCCCCACCUUUGCCUCUUCUCACAUCCCACAAAAAUAAGCCCCUUGCUGUCUUAUUUCAAUUUGUUUAUUUUGGAUGCUGUAAAACAUAUAAAAAUAAAAUUUUUGAAGUGAUGAAUUUA